GCUCCCGAGUGUUGUUGGGGAGGACUCGGGAGCGGGAGGCUCGGGUCUGCUCCUCGCUCCCACGCUUCUCCGGGAUACAGAGAAGGGGAGCAGAGGUUAGAGCCCGGAGUCUGAGCGGGCGUUGCCUCACGGUGUGAGACGCGGACUCUGCCCCUAUGCGGGAGGCCCGGGAGGAGUCCGACCUGGAGCGGUAUCAGAGAAGCCUUCGAGACCGUGCUAGUAAAAGUAUCCAUCAACUGAAAUAUGUCUUGGUGGAAGGAGAUCCCACAGUGGGAGAAAGUGAAGUUGCAUUUGACCAGUCGUCCACAGGUAAUGAUGAGAGUGGGGAAACGGCCUGGCAGGAACUGCAACACAGUCAUGCAGUUAAUCAGCUUAAAGCUUUAUUGCAAGAGCAAGAAGGACUAGAAAGUGAAGUAUCUCCAUCAAGGAGGAGGAAGAUGUCACCCUCAAGAACUUCAAAAGCUGCAGAUCAGAGUUUGCCUACGCUUUGUGAUCUUGUUCCUAUCAUUAAUGAUCAGUCCCAGUACAUUCACCACUUAGAAGCUGAAGUGAAGUUUUGCAAGGAGGAGUUGUCUGGGAUGAAAGAUCGGAUACGAGUAGUUGUGCUUGAAAAUGAGAAACUCCAUGAGGAACUGAAAUCUCUAGCUGUAGAGCAGACGUUGAGAGAACAAACUCUUCUGGAUGCUUCAGCAAAUGUUCGGAACUCCUGGACUGUAGGAGCUGAUGAUUCUUAUUUAUGUCAACCUGCCAAGUCAUCACCAUCACAUAAUAAAGAACGGGUUUUGGCCACAACAGCCACUGCAGAAACAGAAAAAUGGCAGCUAGAAUUGGAGAAACUAAAACUUCUUUAUCAAGAAAGGACUGAUACACUUGAAGCUCAAGUACGGUCUCUAAGAAAAGAUUUAUCUGAAUCUGAGAAGAAUUGUGAAGAUUUAAAAGGAAGAUUAAAGCACCAAGAUUCACUUAUUGCAACAAGUAAUUCCAACCGGGUUGGUGGUCUUUGUCUGAAAUGCGCACAACACGAGGCUGUUCUUUCUCAGACUCAUUCCAAUGUCCACAUGCAGACCAUUGAAAGGUUAACAAAAGAAAGAGAUGACUUAAUGGGUGCACUUGUUUCAGUAAGAAGGAACCUGAGUGAGAUGCAGCAAAGGGAAUCUAGUGCUUAUGAACAAGUAAAACAAGCUGUGCAAAUGACUGAAGAAGCCAAUUUAGAAAAAAUGAAGGCUCUAGUCCAGUGUGAACAGCUGAAAAGUGAGAUGGAAAGACAGAAAGAUCGCCUUGAAAGGGAGCUAAUUGCCCAACUAGAUAAGAGGGCCGGUGAAAAAGAAGCCCUGCGAGAAGAAAUGAAGAAAGAAAGAGAGGACUUGGCAUCAACGGUGAUGGUUUUGUCUCAGAAUGUGGCGACACUGGAGGCUCGGUUAGAGAGAAUUACAAGAGAGAAGAACUCAAUAGCUAACCAGCUAGAGGAAGCCCAAAACCAACUUACCUCUCAGGAGAUGGAAGUUAAUAAGGUGUGUGGAGAAAUGCGUUUUCAGUUGAAUCAAACCAAAAUGAAGAAGGAUGAGGCAGAAAAGGAGCACAGAGAGUACAGAACAAAAACUAUAAGGGAGCUUGAAAUUAAGGACCAGGAAAUAGAGAAAUUGGGAUUAGAGCUGAAUGAAAACAAACUGCGUUUGGAACAAGCACAGCAGGAUGCAGCAAGAGCCAAAGACGAGUGCCUAAAACUGACAGAACUGCUGGGUAAAUCUGAGCACCAACUGCACCUCACCAGAUUGAAGAAAGAAAGUAUUAAGCACAGUUUUAGCAAUGAAGCAAAGACCCGAGCCCUUCAGGCGGAGCAAAGAGAGCAGGAGCUGACACAGAAGAUGCAGCAAAUGGAGGCCCAGCAUGAUAAAACUGUGAAUGAACUGGAUUCUUUGCUGACCUCCCAGAACACAUUCAUAGCAAAAUUGAAGGAGGAAUGUUGUAUGUUGGCAAGGAAGCUGGAACAUGUAACAGAAAAAAACAGGUCUGAAGUCAGCCAGCUUAGUGAGGAAAAUGAGUACGUUCAUGAUAGACUGGAGAAGAUGCAGAAAAGAAAUGAUGAAUUGGAAGAACAGUGUAUCCAGCAUGGGAGAAUGCAUGAGAGAAUGAAGCUGAGGUUACACCAGCUUGACAAGCAUUGCCAAACCACUGCCCAGCAGCUAGUGGAGUUACUCAACAAACAGAAUCAGCUCUUCAGAGAGAGGCAGAUGCUAACAGAGGAGGUGCAGUUCCUGCGAACACAGGUACCAUGCCAAUACUGGGAACAAGAGCAAAGAAAAUCAUAGGGAAAUGUUCUGCAGUCAUCAAGAAAGAUAGACUUUGCUAAAGUCUUGUAUCAAGAAGGAAAACCACCAUAAAACACAAUCUUCAGAGUACAGAAAUAACACAUUGAUUAAAAGGGAUGGCAGGGCAGUUUAUAGUUGUACCCACACCCUGAUUCAACCUACACUCAAUUAAGAAAAUGCUGUGAGAUGCAUCUAAGCAGAACAAAUACUACUUGUGUCAUUAAUUCCAAUCAGAAAUCUUUGUUUCAUCCUUCAUAUCAGAUGAUAGUAGGCAACAGAAAAUUCCUUGUUUAACAGCAUUAGCAUGUAGUACAGUAUUGAAACGUAGAACUGCCUCUCACCUUGAAACGUAAUCAUUUUGAAAACUCUAGUUUUAGGGUAUAUCUACACCUGAGACCCCCACCCUCUGGUUGUGGUUUUGCAAUCUCAUUUCCCUGUUUUAAAAAAAAAAGUUUUUGCCUCCCUUGUUGCAGUGCAAAAACCUCACCCAGUGGGGUUCUGUAUGGGCACAGCAGUCCACCUUAGCACAAGAAGUGGCAGGAUUAAGGCCUUACUUAUGUAGGGGUGCAGUCUGCAAGAUACUGUUAAAAUUAACAUUUUUCAGACACUGAUUUUUAAGUUGGAUGCUGCCCCUUUAAUCAUUCACUACUUUAGAAAGGAGGAAAAGAAUCAUGACUUUUUAAACUGUAACUGAACUGCUGAAUUAAACGUACUCUCCAAAUCUAGCACAUAAUUAAGCCUUUGUUUCUGUGACUAAGUAAAUUAACUGAUUCGACCGUAUCACUGUGAUACCAAGCCAUCUGGCUCAUGAACAAAGCAAGUUUCUGGGUUCAUACACGAAAUUUGGACUUUCAUUAACAUGAACAGGACCAAGAGAGGAAUUUGUAGUACCAAACUGCAGUGUGAAAGGAAAAUCAAUGUUUUAAUCAUUCUAUUGUUCACCAAAAAGUAGGCUAGUAUUAGAGCAUACAUGGCAAAUAGCAGCAUACUUUAACCUAGAACUAAAUGAAAAAAACACACACAUUAUCAGUGUGGUAACAAUGGGAAAAUGUUGUCUUUUUAAUGCUGACUAGAGUACCUGAGUUACCUGUUUUCCCUAUAUCUAGAAUAAAAUACUGUGCUACCUUAGAUUUACCUGUAUAUGGUAUCUGUUGGAAAAUUUAAUGGCAAUCACUGUGUUUCAUGUUUAAGCUCUUUGAAGCUGAAGAAUAUGUUGCAUUAAGAGAAAGUGAAAUAACCCUGCACCAAGGAGAGCCAGAGACUCUCUGAGGUCCACUAAGGACUCUGAGAUCUGGAAGACUCUCAGUUAGAAGGCAGAUGGGCAGCAGUACACAACCAUGACUACCUUCUAGAUGGUGUGCUGCUAACUAAAUUGAAUAUUGUUACCACUGAAAGUCUGCUUUGCAGUUGUAAAGGAUGCAUUUGUUAAAAUAGGGAAUGUGUGCUGCAGUCAAGGCUUUUUACCACUACCACCCAGCAGUUUUCAUCAGUAGAUCUUAAAGUACUUCAGUCUAAUGUAUUGGUUGUAACACCUCUGUGAAGUAGAAAGUAAUGCAUCAAAACAUGGAGACUUGGAAGGAAGAAGGUUGGUGACUUUUAAAAAAUGUAUUCCUGCAAAACAAGAACCUCAAUAAGCCAGCUGAAGUGUUUUUAAACAACAUUGGAUCCAUGGGAACAGGAACAUAGCUCAGCAGAACUGUAUGGUGCACAAGGCAAAUGUUUUAAGGAAACAAAGGACAAUUCAUUACAAGUUGGAUAUUUUAAGUCCAGAUAAAUAUGAAUUCCUUUCAGCUUCUUGUAUUUUGUUCAAAAGCAAUAAUUUUGAAUAUAUGGCACUAUUGAUCCUAUUUUGAGACUUCAUGAGAUGCCACAUUUCAUAUUUAAAUUGAUCACAAUACCAAAUACUUGCCAUGUCCAUAAAAAAAAUAAUAGUAACCAAUAAUGGUGCUGUCAUAAUGAUGCUGGUUAACAUUGCUGAUCUUAGCUGUACAUAAUGUGCAAGGUGAGCCUUGAUCAUCUAAUCCCAAAGAUGUGCUGCUACUUAGGGUACGUCUUCACUACCCGCCAUAUUGGUGGGUAGCAAUCGAUUUAUCCGGGAUCAAUUUAUCGCAUCGCGUUAAGACGCGAUAUAUCGAUCCCCGAAAGCGCUCACCGUCGACUCCGGAACUCCACCAGAGCAAGCGGCGGUAGCGCAGUCGACGGGGGAGCUGUGGCCGUCGAUCCCGAGCCGUCUGGACCCCAGGUAAUUCGAUCCAAGAUACUUCAACUUCAGCUACGCUAUUCGCUUAGUUGAAGUUGCAUAUCUUGGAUCAAUUUUCCCCCACCACCACCGCCAGUGUAGACCAGCACAUAGUGAUUGUUGCUAUUUGAAGAUAAAAAAAAAUAGUAGUGGGGCAUGGGUUUGCGGGUUUUGUUUGUGGGGGAUGGAGGUGGUUAUGGAUAGUAAUGUUUCAUUCAGUAAGUAGAGUAUUUUUUAACAUAAAUGCCCAGUUCCAUAGGCACUUGCAUUUCUCAAUGUAUAAUUCUUUUAAAUCCCAUUAUGAUAUAUCCGUAUCUGUUCAGAUUGUUUGAAAGUCUGGCCUGAUAUUUUUAGUUGUGCACAGUGCUCUUUCAGCUAAAUUUAUUGUUGCAUGUUUUAUGUGCAACUGAAAUGUCACUAACUCUUUAUUUCAUGAGGCAAACAGAGGCAUGAAGCUCAGACAUGGAUGCUGAUGGGGACAAGGUUGGAUCCUGGAUGGAUAGGAGAAAUAAGGACUAGUCACUAAAACUUUAGGGCAGAUUUUUACAUAGAUAAGGUUUUAGGUAGAAAAAAAGACAUUUGUCUUGUGGUCUAAAAUGAAGAUUGAAGGUUGGUCCCUAUGAUUAUUAUUCAAAUUUGUAUGUUAUCUUAUAGCAGAAACUGCUUUUUUUCUUCAAAAUCGUAGCAAUUGCUUUAUUUAAUAUGAAUAGAGGUAAAUAUCUGAAAACUAAGAACAGGUUUACAUUAGGGCUAUCAAUCGCGAUUAACAAAUUAAUCACAAUUAAUUGCACUGUUAAACAACUAAACACCAACUGAAAUUUAUUAAAUAUUUUUGGAUGUUUUUCUACGUUUUCAAAUAUAUCCAUUUCAACUACAACACAGAAUACAAAUUGUACAGUGCUCAUCUUAUUUUUGAUAAACAAAAUUGCACUUCAGUACUUGUAUGAGGUUAAUUGAAAAAUACAAUCUCUUUAUUGUGAAAGUGCAACUUACAAAUGUAGUUUUUUUGUUACAUAACUGUACUCAAAAACAAAACAAUGUAAAACUUCAGAGCCUACUUCUUGUUCAGCCAAUUGCUAAGAGAAACAAGUUUGUUUACAUUUACAGGAGAUAUUGCUGCCCUCCUUUAAUUUACAAUAUCACCAGAAAGUGGGAACAGGCAUUUGCUUGGCACUUUUGUAGCUUGUGGUGCAAGGUACUUACAUGCCAGAUAUGCUAAACAUUCGUAUGCCCCUUCUAUGCUUCGGCCACCAUUCCAGAGGACAUGUUUCCAUGCUGAAGAUGCUCGUUUAAAAAAAAAAUGCAUUAAUUAAAUUUGUGAUUGAACUCCUUGGGGGAGAAUGGUAUGUCUCCUGCUCAGCUUUACCUGGAUUCUGCCAUAUAUUUCAUGUUAUAGCAGUCUCAGAUGAUGAUCCAGCACAUGCUGUUAAUUUUAAGAACACUUUCACUGCAAAUUUGACAAAAUGCAAAGAAGAUACCAAUGUGAAGUACCUUCCAAAUCUGAGAGGGACGAGGUGCGGCGCACGCUUUCAGAAGUCUUAAAAGAGCAACACUGAUGUGGAAACUACAGAACCCAAACCACCAAAAAAGAAAAUCCAACCUCCUCCUGGUGGCAUCUGACUCAGAUGAUGAAAAUGAACAUGCGUCGGUCCGCACUGCUUUGGAUCAUUAUUAUGCAGAAUCUGUCAUCGGCAUGGACACAUCUUCUUGAAUGGUGGUUGAAGCAUCAAGGGAUAUAUGAAUCUUUAGUGCA